AAGAAAGAUUAAGAACUUGUGCAGAUGAUACAGGCUGAUUGGCGGAAAAGUGAUGAUGAUCAUGAGUCAGCGGCCUUUAAAUCUCGUGUGACAGAAGACAAGGCAAACCGCUUCUAAUUUCUGUUGUUAGUUUGAGAAUUUAUUUCAUUGCUUCACAUAGUAAUCUGACAAAACGGUGUUUAUCAAUUAGGAGACGAAUGUAAUACUGUAGGGCAAGAUUUUUAUAUGAUGGUAAUGAAUCAAGGGGGUUUACAAAGUUCUGUGUUGCUAUCGGUCCCGCGGUUGUUGUGAAUCAUCGUUGAUCUCUGGAACUUUAUCGUUAGUUGAGGAAAGUCCGGAACAUUUGUUGGGGGGCUAGACAGAAAUUCCUGGUAGUGAGGUUGGACAUGUUCUUUCGUGUUCCGAUUCUACUCUGUUAGUAUCCGUAAUAGUUUGCACGUGUCAAGAUUAAUCAUUUGCUGAAAAACAUUUAUUUGUGUUUUGUGACUGUCGUAUAUUGGCAGUGACAGCAGAAGACAACACAGCUGAUGGACAGAAGCAUUAGUUCCCGCAGCUGAGCAAAGUAUGUGAAAUUCCUGUUCUUCAAAUUAAAGGACUGUAGUAGCAGUAUUGAAAUAUCAAGGGUAACGCCGCAAGUGCAGGAUGAAUGCUGCUAGGGCAGCCCAGAAAGUCUGUAGGCUAAAUGUGAAUGGUACCACGGUGUCAGGAGAAGGGGCAACAGAGGAAGAAGCAAGAGAGAAUGUCCUUAAAAAAGUUAAAGAAAUGGUCCGUCAUUCGCCUGUUUCUCCAUCUGGUGCGAUGCUAUCAGUGGAUAUGAACUCGACACACUUCGGAUCAGGAAGACCAGCAAAUGUAAAUAUGGUUGGAAGACUCCAAGAGUUUUGUGUAGCUAAGCAUUGGCCUCUUCCUGUAUACAAUUUAGUAAACGCUCAAGGCCCUUCACAUAUGCCUCAUUUUCACAUGAUGUGCAGUGUCAGAGAUUUUGUGGCAGUGGGUGAUGGUAAAACCAAGCAAGAAGCAAAACACUCCGCUGCCAAGAAUCUUAUGGAUUUGAUUAGAGAAGCUGGGAACCCAGACCGAGGAUCAGUCCCUGUGGGUCGAGUUCCUCCUCUGUGUGCACCAGUACUGGUAAGUCGUCAGGUGGACAUUGUAUACAGAGAGCGACGAAAGUUCCAGAGUCCACAUUUACAGGCAGUGCCAGUCUUUGAAGACUACCGUGAAACUUCUCCUUUGCGUAAUCAGCCACUCCUUGCACUAAAAGGGAAAGAAGACAGGGAUAGAUGCUCUUCUGCUGAAAGAGUACCUCGUCCCAUAAGUGAAGCAACAGAAUGCAGUAGAGAGCCAAUACCAUUACCCUCUGUUGAAGACUACUUAUGUGGACGUUUCCAGGAUCAGUUGAAAGUUACUGAUCAGAACUGAGAAAAGAAGCCUGCAUUUUACUAUGUAUAUUUUGUGCAGAUUGUGUCUGUGCGAGAUAUAAAUUCAUUUUGAAGCAAGAAAUUGUUACACAGUUGACAUUCUCACAUUGUAAUGAACAGAGUUUAUAAUAUAUUUUGAUGUUAAUAUUCAGUAAAAAAAUUUUAGUUAAAGUGGAGCCUUUUUUCACAACAGAAGUUUGAAUUAUUUCCAUCUGAAAUAACUGUAAGAAGCGCAACAUUUUACGUUGCAUAGGACUCUGAUAAAACUAAACAGUCAUCAAAACGUAAGUUAAGGAAUUUCUGAUAUAAAAGUGGCUGUGUGCAGCACAACAGUGCAAUGAGUUCUAGCAGUAGGACAGAAAUGUUAUGUAAAAAAUAUAUGCUUAUUAAAAACUUAUUGCCAGUUUGUUGGCUACAUUUUUAAUGUUUUGUGUGUGUUACAUGUGUGAGAAGUUUAUAAAGUAAUUUUGAAGCCAGAGAGUUGUAUAGUUUAGGCUUCCACAUUGUACUGAAUUAUAUUUUUAAUGUAAAUAUUAAGGAAUAAAUUUUUAAUUAAA